AUGCCAGCACACCAGGGACCUACCAGCACCCGGGACCCACCAGCACACAGGACCUACCGGCACCAGGACCACGGUACACCGGGACCUACCAGCACACCAGGACCCCACCAGCAACCGUUCACCAGCACACUGGGCCCACCAGCACACCAGGCCCACCAGCACUGGCACACCAAGAACACCAGGACCUACAGCAUUACAGGACCCACCAGCACACCAGGACCUACAAACACACUGGACACCCUGACUCCAGGACCUGCCCAGCACACCGGACCCACCAGCACACAGGACCUACCAGCACACCAGGACCUACCAGCACACACCAGGACCUCACCAGCACACAGGGCCUACCAGCACCAGGACCUACAGCACACCAGGACCUACCAGCACACCAGGACCUACAGCACACCGGACCUACCAACGCACACAGGACCUGCCAGCACACAGGACCACCCAACACACCAGAACCCCGCGAGCGGCGACCAACACGCCCACACUGAUUCAUACCCUGCCCAACAGCACGCCCACACUGAUUCAUACCCUUCCAACCAGACCGCCCACACUGAUUCAUACCCUUCCAACCAGACCGCCCGCACUGAUUCAUACCCUGUCUACCAACACGCCCACACUGAUUCAUGUCCUGCCCACCAGCACGCCCACACUGAUUCAUGCCAUGCCCACCAGACCACCCACACUGAUUCAUGCCCUGCCCACCAGCGCGCCUACACUGAUUCAUACACUGCCCACCAGCACGCCCACGGUGACUCAUACCCUUCCAACCAGACCGCCCACACUGAUUCAUGUCCCGCCCACCAACAUGCCCAAACUCAGAUUCAUGUCACGCCUACUUCCAGGACACCCACAUU